CGCGCCGACCAAUUGACCGAGUGCCUCGCGACGAUUGACACGGUUUACCCGAUCGACGGCUAUUAUGCGACGGUGGCCGAAAAGCGAUCCCUGCUCUGCUCUUCUUAAACCCCCACCAGACGCGCGACCUUCUAUCCCUUCCGUCAAGAGAUUAGGCCCACACUCCAGCAAUGUACAUCAAAAAAGCUAAAUAGAAAAAGAGGAAGGGGAGUGUAAGGAAAAACUGAGGAAGAUGCCUGGCUCCUAUACAAGAGUUGUAAUUCUCCUCUUGUUAGGGACAUCUGUGUCAGUGUCCGGUACCGCAGAUGCUGCCAAAUCUCUGAGAGCGGCAAAGGCCAGGCUCAGAUCGUCUUACGCAUCGUGGCGGAUAGUGGUAUGUUUAACUCAGCCUCAGACUCCUUUCAAGGCAGACGUACAGAAAGCAUGGGAGGACGUGAGACUGGAAUCUUUUCACGCGGACAUGGAUGUGUCAUAUAUAGAAACAAGGAUGGCACCCAUGACGGAUUCCUUGUUAUACCCCUUGUCAGUGUUAAACAAAUUUUGUACAGACAUCGAAGGCGGAAAAACAGUAUUAAGCCUUAUUAUAGGGGGAGGAUCGGCAGCCAGAUUUCUCGUUACGGCUGCCGCCGCCUUGAACCUUCCAGCUCUGUGGUUGCCGUUCACGCACAGAGACUUUCUUCGUCAGGGAAAUGUUGGCCGGUUUGAGAACCGCAUAGGUUCAAGCCCCAAAGAGGUCGGAGCGGCAGCUGCCGCCUUAAUGAAUCGGGCUAACUGGCAUGCGUUCACCCUUCUCAUCGAUACUACCCUCCUCUCCGUCACACAUCUUCUACAAACGAAUCAGCCGACAUUGACACCUCGCGCGAUUAUAUACCUUCCGACAAAUGAUAGAACGUUAAGAUUGAGGCUGAGGCGAGUAGCUGAAGAGAACGGCAGCGGCGGGGUUGUAGUGAUGGCUUGCGACCUGAGCAACGCCCGAAAAAUUCUCGGUGCGGCGGGCAAGUUCGAAAUGCUCUCAGGCAGAUUCUUGUGGCUCUGGUUGGAUCUCAAAGCGGAGCUGCGACCGAACGAGCCCAACAUCAUCAGCUCGCACCUCCUUCAUGGUUCGCGUUUCGCCGUUGCAGCCAACGAGAAUUCACCAUUAUUAGAGCGAGCGACGAAUCUCGCAUCCGAGGAUAAGCCACUGCCGCCGCUGAAUCCAUUACCGAGUCUGGCUAACGAUAUACAUCGGUUACAAGACUUCAGAUGGCGGGAUGAAAAGAUCUUAACUAAAAGGGAGGACAAAAGCUUCAAUUUUGACGACGAGGAGGAUGUCGUGCGACUCGCGAGUGAUAAAGAGCUCAAUUCCAAAAGUUUCAUGCCGAUCGGGAUGCUCGCGCUUAGACCAUCCGGCAUCAAAAUAAUGAGUGGCGACACCAUACUGACCAGAAUGUUGAGAGAAACCUCGCAGGCAUUGGAUGAAACAUUUUUGGAAACAAAACCGAGAUUGAGUCGUAUGCGCGAACUGCAGCUUAAAGAACACUUCGUCCCAGAAUGCUUCCCGGAUCCUAAUGCUACAUUCAUGACGAGCGACGCGAGGGAGAACGUAUCCGCGACCCUGACGAAUAAAUUGAGGAAAUCCAUAGGACAAAUCUCCAAGGACAAGGCAGAGUUCCAGUUACUGAAUUUGCAAGCCGUCAGGUUUCCUGGGAAUAAGACUCAAUUGAGGUGGACCAAGGUCGGUACUAUCAAGGGAGGCAGGGAAGUCCGCUUAGAUACCAUAAUCUGGCCAGGUGGCGGUAUUAUGCCGGCAUAUCUCGAGCAGGGUGGCGAAAAGAUCGGAAUGCCGAUUUAUCGUAUCGUGACCGCGCUGGCAUCGCCAUUCACCAUGGUCACGAGUUUGCAGGAGGGUUUCUGUGGCGGUCUCACCUGCCAACAAGGUAAAACCGUGGUGUGCUGCUACGGCCUGAGUAUGGAUUUGCUGACUUUGGUGGCGCGCGAACUUGGGUUCCGUUUUAAUCUGUACCUGGUGGAAGACGGGCUAUUUGGUAAACAAAACAACCGAAAUGGCACCUGGAACGGUGUGAUGGGUGAGCUGGUAUCCGGCCGGGCGCAGAUGUCAUUUGCGGCCUUGAGUGUAUCCACCCAUCGUGCCAAGGUGGUGGAGUUCAGCACGCCAUACUACUUCAGCGGUGUGAGCUUUCUCACUGCGCCGCAGCUACGUUCCGAGAUACCGCUGUUUGCGUUUCUGUUUCCGUUCAGCACGGAGCUGUGGAUCGCCGUAUUCACAUCGCUGAAUUUUACCGCUAUCGCCGUCGCGCUCUACGAAUGGUUCAGCCCAUUUGGCCUGAAUCCCUGGGGCAGGCAGCGUAGCAAGAACUUCUCCAUCGCCUCCGCGCUAUGGGUAAUGUGGGGCCUCCUGUGUGGCCAUCUCGUGGCCUUCAAGGCGCCAAAAUCGUGGCCUAACAAGUUCCUCAUCAACAUUUGGGGUGGCUUCUCCGUUAUCUUUGUGGCCUCGUACACAGCUAACAUAGCCGCCCUUAUCGCCGGUCUCUUUUUUCACUCUUCAGUGAGCAAUUAUCAUGAUAAAAGCCUGUUGUCACAAAGAGUUGGUGCACCGAGAGCUUCUGCGGCUGAUUAUUACGUGCAAAAGGCGAAUCCGCAAUUAUGGUCCCACAUGGCUCGAUAUUCCUUGUCAAAUGUUGCCGAAGGCGUGGAAAGAUUGAGAAACGGCUCCCUGGACAUUCUGAUCGCGGACACGCCGAUUCUGGAUUAUUACCGGGCGACCGACAACGGUUGCCGUUUGCAGAAGAUUGGUGAUACUAUCAACGAGGACACUUAUGCAAUUGCGCUUACGAGAGGACAUCCGAUGAAGGAAAGCAUAUCCAAAGUUAUAUCGAAUUACACAAGCAACGGGAUGCUUGAUACGCUGCAGGAAAAAUGGUAUGGCGAUUUACCUUGUCUGAACGGUCGACCAGGGAUGGCUUUAGAUGCUGAGCCGGGUGGCCAACCUAGGCCUCUGGGAGUCGCAUCCGUGGCCGGAGUGUUCUGCUUGCUCGGGAUGGGCGUAGUGCUCGGUACCAUUAUACUGGUGGGAGAACAUCUCUUCUACAAAUAUACGUUACCACGAUUACGGCACAGACCGGAGGAUUCCAUCUGGCGUAGCCGCAACGUCAUGUUCUUCUCACAGAAAUUAUACAGGUUUAUCAACUGCGUGGAGCUGGUCUCGCCGCAUCACGCCGCUCGGGAAUUGGUACACACGGUGCGACAGGGCCAGAUCGCCUCGCUCUUCCAGAAGAGUGUCAAACGAAAGGAACAUGAACAACGUCGUAGACGUAAGAGCAAAGCGCAGUUCUUCGAGAUGAUUCAAGAAAUUCGAAGAGUACAACAGGAAGAGAAGAUCGAAACAGUACCCGAGGAGCCUGAAGCCACCAAGACAGUGAAAAAAGAUGAAAAACUGGGAAAAGGUAGAGAGAGGAGUCGUAGCAAAAGUCCGUUGAUGCCUCGAAGCCCCAAGCGAUCGGAGAAGAGCAGGAGCUCGACGAACCUAUCAACGUCUCGUCUCGGAUUGUCACCGGUGAGUCUCGACGCGCCAAUGAAGCCGCGCGAGUUCACGCUCAGCAACACCAAUUUACGUGCGAGGAGCCCCUUAGAAACGGUAGGCCGUAGACUGAGCCAUGGAGACGGCGGCUCGCCGCCGCCACGUCUCGGCUCUUUCGGCGGCAGUGCCAAUCUGCGUCCGUUAGCACCUACCAGAAGCGAUUCAACCGGCGGUGGCACGCCGACCGUUCGUCGUGAUUCCGCCGCCGGAGGUGGCGGUAUACCGACACCAAGAUACUGUCGCAGCCCGGCCAAGCGGGGUCAAUCCUUCCCGGUGUUUGCCACUCUGAAACCACCGCACUCGGCUAGUUAUCAGGCGUCCAGGAGUCCGCUGUUGUCACCGAACAGCGAACUCACGUCCGCCAUUGGGAGAAAAUUGUCGCGCGAGUGGGGCUCCGGGACUAUUGACCUCACCAGGUCGUCGGAGGCUAUAGGCAGCGGUAGUGGUGGCGGCGGCGGCGGCGGCGGGGGUGGUGGUGGUGGUAGUGGUGGUGGUGGAGGUGGUGGAGGUGGUGGUCGUGGUUCAACGUAUACUCUGAAUCAAGAAAUGACGCUUUCUUUGAGCCGUUCCGCGGGCGAAGAAAAGGCUCAAGAGGAAGCGUUGUCGAUCAAGAAGCCCAUACGGCGCGCUAGGAGUCACGAGAAUCGCGACAGCGGUAAGCUGAUGGCGGAUCUACCGUCGCCGAGAUUGACCCAGCCGGUGGUGGGCGGUCAGUUUGUCAGCGAGCGAACCAAGAAGCAACUGGAUUCCGAGUUGAAGGCCAUUUUAACUGCCAGGGCCCACCAUCGCGAUCUGUUUCCCCCUUGAUAGGAAACCGCUCCGUACUAAGGGAGAGUUCUUGAAAGCAGUUGGGCUUUUGGAGGAUCGCUGAGCCUUUGAGGGGCUUGAUUGAUUUUAAGCAAUAUCAGAUUUAUAGGUCAAUUUGUUAGAGGAAUCCGACAGUUUAUCAGAGAAAUUAUAAGAACUAGCCAGAGGCAUACGGCGAUGUGAGUAAACGGGCAGAAUUUUCAGCUGUUGAAGUGGGGGGAGGGAUGGGGUAAAAAAAACGGAGAAAGAUCUCUUUGAUUGUUCAUACGUUGUUACGUACAUUGAUAAUAUAGGAUAAACAAAAGUGCUAUAAACUCUAGUAGUGUUGUCUUAAAUAGGUAGCGAGACACAUACGAGUACUAAGAUAUUUUCUUGUUGACAUUUUAACUCUACAUUAACCGGCAGCCUGGGUGAGUCUCUCUCGAUUGCUAUGGUAUCGGAUAUAUUGUACGCUGCAGCGUUUCUCAACUCCGAUCUUGGACGAAUUCUUCCGUCACGAUCUUAGUACAUAGUAUGAAUAAAGCUCUUUCAAAAUUUAUCGGUUCUCAAACCAGUUUACGCAAAGAAAAAAAAAGCAUCGUUCACCAGAUCAAGUCUGUCCAAGUUUAUCGAGCGGGUCUCCAUCCGCAACCGUUCGCACCACUGACUCCCAGCGACGGCGAUCGAUUAGCCGCACACCCAGCGCACGAAUACAACGAACACGCGAUGAUUUAUGGACAUAGCGUCUAUUCCCAUUUAUCUCGUUUCCGUUUCUUUUUCCGCGGUAGCGAUGGAGAGGCGGCGGGGGCGUUUCGCUCGCGGAUAAAAAAACUCGGACAGGCUACAUUAUCUAGGAUAAUCGUCCCUUUGGGGACAGUGUAAAUAUCUCGAGAUAUAGACUGUCGUUUCUUCAAUUCCUCGUCUCUGUAAGAAUACUGUAAAUACGACGGAACUCUCAUUCCGGAUACUUCGCCAUAGGCAAAAGCAUAUAAACGCGUAGUGCGAAAGUUGAGAAACGCUGAUCUACCGAACCUCCUCGAAUUGGACUGCAUACUGCCAUACUUUAAUAAUUUCUGUGACUGCGGAAGGAGAGAGACUCGCUCGAUGGACUCUCGGCGUAGAAUGACCACUUACCGCGAGAUAAUAUGCAUUAAAUCUUACAAUUAUCGCGUCAGGAGAGGAAGAAUUCUAGGUGGCUGAUGGAAUUCUAAUCGAAUUCUCUCUUGACGUGUUCAUAACGCGGGUUAUUCGAUACCGGAGAUUGGGACUCGGCAAGAAAGCACUAGGAGGUGAAUACCUAUAUAAACAGGAGGAUCUUUUUCGCAUCCACGUCGCGGAUCCCACGACGUCUCGCAAUAUUGUCUCCUAAAGCAGUACCAAAAUGUCAGUAUUAACUUCGCGACUCGACUUCGACUGUUUUCUUUCAUCCGGCACGAGAGAUGUGUAAUAGAAAUGUAUAUUUUAGCUAGGUAAGAGAGCACGCCGGGGUCCGGUAUCACGCGAUAACUUGCUCGUUCGUUCGCUGCGCGACUUGGUAAAUCUCCGACCUCGCCCGCGGCCGGCGAAUUUACCUUACGAUUCCUUCCGACGGUUUUACUAGACUGAUAGUCGAAAUUUCAUUCAGGAAUUGUAAAUUGAAACAUUAUCGGAAUUGAAUAAUUGUUACUGAUCGAUGUGUAUGUCUCCCAUCUUCGUCUAUCGAAUUCUUUCGAUUCACUUGAUGAAAAGGGGGGGUGAACUCACGUCUAGUCUCAUUACUAUUCAACUUAGACAAGUAGAACGUGGAUGUGUGCGGGACUAAGGAAAAAAAAAGGAGGAGGACGAGAUUCAAAUUAAAUUACUUUAAAGAGGACGGGAAGAUGAGCGAGGCCUUAGAGGAGUAGUCGUAUCCGCCCAAAAAAAAAAGAUACUUUACUUAAAACUAGUACUGUACUGUACUCGAAUAUUUCACUACAUUAUAUUGUACGAUAGAGUAUAAUAGACAUUUAGUUUCAUAGUUCUCCUCGGUAGAGCGCUAUAUUGUAUUCAGAAAAAAAAAACUUAAACUAAAUUCCUCGUCCUUAGUAGGGUAGAUCUCUCUCCGUGUGUGAGUGUACGUGCGACUAUUUUCCCACCAGGAAACACGCGGCGGCGAGUCGCCGACCGUCGACGAUGGCGGCUGAGCGCCGCCGCGGGGGCAGACUACACUUUUCCGGUAGAGCUAGAGCGUCAUUGUCCUCGUUAAGUAGGUCGUGGCUAGGUAGUCCCGAGGGUGUUCCCUCGAUCCUGCGUGCGUCAGCGCGACGCGCCCCGACGCGAUGUCGCGACGCGUCGCGCCGAAGCCGCGCGCUCGAAAUCGAUGAAAGUGUCCUGAAUGAUUGCACCCAUGCGAGGGGGUCACCGCACCCGGGUACGCGGAUCCAGGACUGGGGAAGUAACGCGUUACUUGUAACGCUGUUACUUUUUUGUUUUUUUUUUCUUUUUCGUUUUAAUGACGAACGUUACUUUUUUCUGUCUGUAACAGUUGCGAUAACGUUACUUUUAUCGUUACUUUAGUAUUAUCUUUGUGCCUAAUCAAUAGAUUUCUAUUUUUCCGUGCGCAAAUACAAUCGGUGUGCCAGAUCAGUGCGUACUGAUCUACGUACAAUAUACACAAUUAUAAAUUUUAUUUAUUUUUAUAUUUUAAAUAUUGUAAAGUAUUUUGUACUUUAUAUUUUAAACUGCAUUCCGAUAGUUAUUGCCAUUAUUGUUAAUACUGAAAGUCUAACUCUAAAGUAAGAGUAACUCGUUAUCGUUACUCGUUACUAAUUUUAAAAUGUAAUGUGUUAUCGUUACACUCAGUUACUUUUUGAUAAUGCCAAAGUAAGACAUUAGAUUUUCAAGUUACAUUAUUUAAAAAUCAAUUGAACUUAAAACUCCAAAUUAUAUAGGAAGCUUUUUUUAUAUUAUAAAAAUGUACAUGUAACUAGAGAUCCAAAUAGGAAAUUGGACACCAUUUAUGUCCAUUUCCAUCAAUAGAUUAACUUCGAUCUUAGUUUAACUUAUUGUUUAUCUUUUCUUCUAAUUCUUAGAACCUCAAACUAGAAAAAGAUAAACAGUAAGUUAAACCGAGAUCAAACUUAAUCUGCAUUAAUGGAAAUGAACAUUAGACAACUUUUGAUUGGGCCGCCAUUUUAAUUUUUUCAGGACGCUCGAGAUAAAAUGAGAUAGAUGCAUUAGCUAAAAUGAAAUAAAUGCAUCUGUUGCAUUUUAUAAAUACACUUAUCGAUUUUUAUACAAUAUAUCUUUAAAAUUCAAUAUUUUAUUUUGGCAUUACAAGAAAAUAACGAAUCGUUACUUUUUAUAAGUAACGGUAACAAUAACGCGUUACUUUUUUAAAGUAACGUGUCCGACUUUGCGCAGAUCUCACGGCGAGACUCGCUAAGCGUUUUUACGAAUGCGCUGAACGAUUCCGCCGACGAUACACACGCACACACGCAUGCACCCACGCACGCAAAACGCGGCAAAAUGCGCCUACAUUUAAAGACACGCGGUGUCUUUGCGACAUGGAACGCAACCGCUCAGCUCGCCCACUUUUCUCAUCGACCUUCCAAAAAAAAGAAAAAGAAAAACACUUGCUCGUCUCCGUCACCCCGUGAUUGUUAGGGCUUUUAGCUUGCCGAAGCUAAGACGGGCCUUUCACGGAAACUGCGUUCACUGGCAGACUAUAUAGACGUAAUCUGUGCUGCAAUUAAUUCAGGAAGUGAUCAAAAUACAAACAUAUAGGGGGCCAGUCUAGAGUCACCCGCGCCUAAAGAAAUCAAAGAUAGACUUAUUAAUUUAUAUAAGCUAUAAUUCUCCUCGUAACGUGUGGGUUCUACCGGUAAUUUGGUUCAGUAGGGCUCUCUCUUCCACACCCCCCACACCCUUCCGCCCCUCUCACUUUCUUCGAUCUUCGUUUUCCCAUCGCGUUGUUCCGUUUUCAUGAGCCGGGAAAACCCCCUUCUUCCCUCCCCCCCUCCCUUCGGUGUAUGUCUCUCUCGGGGAUUCCUUGUACAUAAUGUGUCUUCUCUACUAGAUGCCCCUGAAGGAACACUAUUGCACUGAAUUAAAGGUCGAGCCCUCCUACUUCUUUGUGCGCCAACAAGAGCCUGUUAGACGUCACACGCACGGAAAGAUAAGAGCAAAAUGCACUUAUCUCGUUGUCGUCAUCGUCGUCUUCGCGAGAGCGACCUCCUUUCUGAGAUACGCAAUUCCGCGCGAUCGCAAUCCUGUCGCGAUAACGACGAAUGCCAAGGAGCGUUUGGAAUUUGCACUUUUCGAUGUACUCUCAAAGAAAGAGAGAGAGAGGGAUAGGAAAGAGAUGUACACGGACGAUAUGCAGAAUCUCAAAAUAAUUUCUGAGGAAACGUCGCGCGCGCUCUAAAUAAAUAUUGGUAUCUGCGCUCUCUCGUUCGAUAACUUAUCAAAUAUUCUUCGAAUGUUUACCAUCAAAAGUAUUCUUCGAGUGUUGAUCUCACUGCAAUAUAGCUGUAUUUAUUAUUAUUAUUAUUAUUAUUAUAAUAUAUGUAUCUGGAAUUGCCGGCCUAUACACAGAUGCGAAGACAUUCCACGCGUUUUUCUCCGUGAUACAUGAGUCUCCGACGUGCGAUAUUCGAGAUCGCGUAGAGUGCACUCGCUCUUCUCUUUCCAACCAUCUCUCCGCGCAUCUCGUUCCUCGACGACGAUGCCGAGGGAGAAACGGGUACGGUAUACCCGAAAUGCAAUCACUUACGCGAGGGAAAUGGCGAGAUCGUCGCCAGGUAUAACACGUAUAGGACGACGAGCGAGGACAAGAGAAAUACCCGGUAAACGAAAAUCAAUUGAAAUGGAUAGAAAUAAAUUCAUUCUCAUAUUGUCGAAUUCGCACUUUAGAUUUUCGAAUCCAUUGGAAUCAAAAAAUAAUAUGAAUUUAUCCGAAUUUAAAAUAAUCAGUAGCUCACUUUAAAUUUCAAUUCAUUUGAAUCCAGAAAUAAAUAUAACGAGGACAUUAAUUCAUCCGAAAUCAAAAUGACGAAUAGCGCAUUUCGUAUUCCAAUCCAUUUGAGUCUAUUCGAAUUCAAAAAUACUUCGGGGCUCUAAAGCGCGAAUUCGGUUAAAUUUAAAAUGAAUUGCAAUUUUCGAUUCGUUUGAAUUUAUUUUCGUUUGAUGGGAAGAAAAACUCGCGGCAAAAGACGAGGAGCACAAGCGAACACACCAAUUAGAGCAAAGGAGAGUCCGUAGGUUCCGAGAAACGCGUUCACGGCGGAUCGAGUUAUCGGAUCACAUGAUUGAUUCGCCUCAUUAUCAUUAUCGCGUUGAUUAAGUGGCAUCAUAUUAAUUCACUCACUAACGGGCAAUAAGAUUAUUCUACAAAGCACUGCCAUAAUUUGAACUGUUGUUACGUUGAUUUUGAAAUCCUGCCAAGUAAUACCACUAUUUGAUAUCGUUGAACGAACGGGUCCGAUCCAUGCUAAGUGAUGAAUUAAUAUGCAAAUGUCUCGCAUGCUGCUGUCCAGUGUCUUUCGCGAAGCGAACAUCGCUGUGCUCGCAAAUAUUUCACUUGGGUUUUUUUUUUCUCCCUAAACGGUGCAAUUUUCUUCUCUCUUAUUCCCCACAGAUUGCCAAAUCUAUCGCAAAGCGUCUGCUACAAAUUUUGUCGGCACAAUGCCAGCGGAAAGAUAGCAGAAUUUGUUAAUGGAAUGUGGUGGCGGUUUGCCAGCAGAAAUCUACCAUUUCGUAUCAUUUGAAUGAUACAUUUCAUUUAAAUAAUAUAUUUUACGAUGAACUGACGGAAUAAGGAGGAUCUCGGGAGUUUAUUGAUCACGAGAUAAAUUUACAAUUAUUUAAACAGAAAGUCCAAUAUUCGUAAAUCAGAAACGAAUGUCGUCGGAAGAUCGAAGCGCGCAAUUUGUUUGAGAUAAAAGAUGGCGAAAUGGAGCAGCCACUUAACUGGGUCGCCAAGAAAAACCGCAAGUCUAAAUCACUGAAUCAGCUGAAUUGAUUGCAAUCAUAAUACUAAGGGCGAAACGCGAGCCAACGCUAGCUCUCUUCUUACAAUUCCAUUUAAAUGAUGCAUUUGAUUUAAAUAACAUGUUCCAUUUAAAUUAUGAAAGGACACACAGAUUCUCCUCAAUUUUCAUCCGGCAAAUUGUCAGCGGACCCUGCGGUUGGUGCCAAUCUGUCGCAAUAUUCUGCUGGCAAACUGUACUGCCUAGCAUUUCGCUUCGUUGGAUCGACGAAAGUAAAUUAUCAUGUUACAAGCUUUAAUUGUUUUCGUGCUCCUUAAUGUAUCAACGCACAAUCGCGACGAGGAAAAGUCUCGUGAAAUCUUUCAGAGAGACGAGAGCAAUUCUUCAUCGUCAGACGUCAGACGUUUUCCCUUCCCAGUAUGCGACGUCUUGAUUUGUCACUUGGUAAGGAGGGAUCGGCUAUAAACGUAAUGUAACGCGUUAGACUUUACGGAAUAAUUAAUCGUAAGGGAUUAAUAUAGCAUGUGGCUCUUCCGUUCGUAAUAACUCUGCAAAAAAGAAAUAAGAAAGAAAGAACAAAUGGGUUACCGUGGCGUGUUACCUCGUUUCUCGACGCUGCACAUUUAUUAAAUGCGAGCGCGCGCGUAACAGUUUAAUCCUCGAACGCUCGUAUGCCGGUUCGUUCUUAACUCGUUACUCACUAUUACUCUUCCCUCUUUAUGCAUUUAGUAACUGUUGUUACAGCUUUACGCACAGAAACAGAGAUAUGGUUAAAAAAAAAGGGGAGAGAGAAAGAAAACGGCGGAAAACGAAAGAGUUCCAAUUCUUAUCCGUCGUGUUAAUGUUACGGAAAUACACUUGAAAUACACGAUAAGACUGCGUUCUUCUGCGAUAACGAAUUGCUCGAGGAUUAAAAAUGAAUGCGCCAAAGAUUUUACACGUGACGGAGAGACGGUCCGGAUCACGCUCUCUCUCUGCCCGCGGUGAUUAACGACCGAUAGCUCGGCGUCGUAGCACAAACAAAUGUGACGAACGAAGGAAUAGACGCCACGAAGAUCCCUUCCAACUGCGGUGACUUGUUGGCGUACGACAUUAGGAUAGGUUCCUCGUAACCUACCUCGUCUCUCUUGUUACGCCUACUGCUACACUGUUAUUGUUGAUGAAAACUCCAUAUUAAUAAGAAAUAAAUAUAUUAUCUCAAA